AUGCAUGACAAUUACUCUCACCCGCUCCUUGAACAGGUGCCCCUCACCGUCUCCCCCUUUAUCAACCUCCCCACAGCCACGACCCUCCCAUACACAUACAAGACCAUGCCGUCGACCCUCCCGCCAUCCACAACCGGCAUCACCUCCACAUCAGCUGGCCCGGGUGCCGACAGCAGCGGUAGCGGCGUGCACCCGUCCGCGGGCCCGACGCCGAGCAACAAAGCCAAGUACGUCAUCUCGGCGUCGGGCCACGCCGCGCACCCAGACGACAUCGUCGCGUCGUGCCGGGCGCUGCAGGCGCACGUGGCGCGCCUGCAGGCCGACGCCGAGGCCGAACUGCGGGCCCUCGACGCGCGCAUCCGCGCCCGCGACCUGGCGGAAAGGCGGCGCGUCGCCCCGGGCUGGCUGGACAGCGAGGCGCGACUGCUCGAGCCGGAGAGGAAGGCCAGCGCGGCGGAGGAGCUGCCUCCCGCUACCGAGGCCGGGGCUGGGGAUUUCGGCGGGCCGCCUGGUUAUGCCGGGGGUGGGCAGCUGUUUGCGGGGCAGCAUGUCUGGGGGUCUGGUCAUGGGCCUGGAGGGGAGAGCGAGAUGGCGGUUCCGGAUGAGGGGGAGCAGCUGGAUAGGGUUUUUGGGGGCUUGGCGCUAGGGAAGUAG